AAAGUUUGCUUACAAAUACAUUUUCAUGAAGACUUCUGCCACUUCUUAGAAUUUCCUUUUCUUACCAUGGUGAUUAGCAAGAACAGGGUGUUCUGAACAUCAACAAAAAGUGGAAGAACUUUAAGCCGAAGGUACAGUAUAUUAUUUACACUGAAGGAGCUCUUGUGUGGACAAGAAAGCGCUGACAGGUCAAAUGGAUCCCAUGGAACUGAGAAAUGUCAACAUCGAACCCGAUGAUGAAAGCAGCAGUGGAGAAAGUAUUCAAGAUAGCUACCUGGGAAUGGGAAAUUCAGAAAAGGCAGCAAUGAGCAGUCAAUUUGCUAACGAAGAUGCGGAAAGCCAGAAGUUCCUGACAAAUGGAUUUUUGGGGGAAAAGAAGCUGGCAGAUUAUGAUGACGAACAUCAUCCUGGAACCACUUCCUUUGGAAUGUCUUCAUUCAACCUGAGCAAUGCCAUCAUGGGCAGUGGAAUUCUGGGCCUAUCCUAUGCCAUGGCCAACACAGGCAUCAUACUUUUUAUAAUCUUGCUGCUCACGGUGGCAAUCUUAUCACUCUAUUCAGUUCACCUUUUACUAAAGACAGCCAAGGAAGGAGGGUCUUUAAUUUAUGAAAAAUUAGGGGAGAAGGCUUUUGGAUGGCCUGGAAAAAUUGGAGCCUUUUUUUCCAUUACACUGCAGAACCUUGGAGCUAUGUCCAGCUACCUCUUUAUCAUUAAAUACGAACUACCUGAAGUAAUCAAAGCAUUCAUGGGACUUGAAGAAAAUACUGGGGAAUGGUACCUCAAUGGCAACUACCUCGUCAUAUUUGUGUCUGUGGGAAUUAUUCUUCCACUUUCUCUUCUUAAAAAUUUAGGUUACCUUGGUUACACCAGUGGAUUUUCUCUCACCUGCAUGGUGUUUUUUGUCAGUGUGGUGAUUUACAAAAAAUUUCAAAUACCCUGUCCUCUGCCUGUUCUGGAUCAUAAUGUGGGAAAUUUGACAUUCAACAACACACUUCCGAUGCACUUAAUAAUGCUACCCAACAACUCAGAGAGCACUGAUGUGAACUUCAUGAUGGAUUACACCCACCGCAGUCCUGCGGGGCUGGAUGAGAACAAGGCCAAGGGCUCUCUUCAGGGCAGUGGAAUAGAAUAUGAAGCCCAUAGUGAUGACAAGUGUGAACCCAAGUACUUUGUAUUCAACUCCCGGACGGCCUAUGCAAUUCCUAUCCUAGCAUUUGCUUUUGUAUGCCACCCUGAGGUCCUUCCCAUCUACAGUGAACUUAAAGAUCGAUCCCGAAGGAAGAUGCAAACAGUGUCCAAUGUUUCUAUCACAGGGAUGCUUGUCAUGUACAUGCUUGCUGCCCUCUUUGGUUACCUAACCUUCUAUGGAGAUGUUGAAGAUGAAUUGCUUCACGCUUAUAGCAAAGUGUACACAUUUGAUACCCCUCUUCUUAUGGUGCGCCUGGCAGUCCUGGUGGCAGUAACACUGACUGUGCCCAUUGUCUUGUUCCCAAUUCGUACAUCAGUGACUACACUGUUAUUUCCCAAAAGACCUUUCAGCUGGAUAAGACAUUUUCUGAUUGCGGCCAUCAUUAUUGCACUUAAUAAUGUCCUGGUUAUCCUUGUGCCAACUAUAAAAUACAUCUUUGGAUUCAUAGGGGCUUCUUCUGCCACUAUGCUGAUUUUCAUUCUUCCAGCAGCCUUUUAUCUCAGACUUGUCAAAAAAGAACCUCUCAGAUCACCCCAAAAGGUUGGGGCUUUGAUCUUCCUUGUGACUGGAAUUAUCUUCAUGAUGGGAAGCAUGGCACUCAUCAUAAUUGACUGGAUUUUCGAUCCCCCAAAUGCCAAGCAUCACUAAUCUACGGGAGAAGCGCUUUCUUUUUUCUAUUGGACAUGAUUGCAAGUUGUGCUCCAAAAGACAUUUGAGUUACCUUGAUUGGAAUGUUAUUCAUAGGAAAUAACAGGAAGAUUCCAAAGACUUUUACUAUUAAAUAUCCCCCAGACACCUGCAAAAGAGAGAAUUAGGGCUCUUGUCAAGAAUGGCUGCUGAUGUGUUUAAAAUCUGUGCACAUUUCUACCCAGGUUUUCCUAGAAUUAUGAGAUGACCAGGGUGCACUUUGCCACUGGUCCAGCAGCAUCAAAGUAGCUGCCUGUAAUGGUCAUUAGAUAAUAGCCUUUCUCCCUGCCUGCUCCCCCACCUUCAUUAAUCCAAAAGGUAAAAAAUAGUUGUAUCCUCAGAACAUCAAAUAACAAUGUCCUGGUGGCAAAGCUAUCACCACUUAAUGCCCUCCCCCAUCUUGUAUCAAAUACUGUGGUCUCUUGAGUAAGGGGAGAUAGCAAAAUGCUUGUCUUGUGACUAUCCUUGUGAAGUAUCAGUGAUCAGAUGCCAGUGUAUAGCACUUAAUACCAACACUAAAAGAGUAGCUUGCCCAUCCUUCUUGUGACAUGGAGUUAGUGAAUUCUUUAUUCAAUCGGUUUUUUGGUAAAUGUUAAAACAUCUUCCUAAAUAUAGAGAGGGGCUUUAUUUAAAUUAUAGAGCAACAAUAAAAGUAAUACUUCUAGCUGAAAUGCCUGCUGAGGAAGCAUCUGCUUUUCAGUGCUUUUCCUGGUCCUCUGUCACGCAUUUGUCUUUGAACAAGGCUUUCCCUCUCGUCUUCCAUUCUCAUUCAGAAUUUCCAGAAGACCACAGUUCAUGUGGAGAUACACUUCCCAGUAUUGUUUGAUACAUUUUUAUUUGAUAAACAUUCAG